GUCGUCCGUGUAGCGCGCACCACCCCGCAGCUCUCGCGAGUGUCGGUCGGUCGCGGAGGAACCUAACGUGUAGUUCGGUGGUCGCCGACCGCGUGCUGUCAGCCGGAUCGUAAUUCGCCCACGUCUUGCCACACAGAUUGCCGCCAGCGCGAGGUGAUGGGUUCGGCCGCGUGCAGCUGUCACCGCCAGCAGAGUGACGCGGCCUGCUGACGUCAACGCAGCCAGCACUCGCAGGCGGCGAGUUGGUGAUGGCGUGAGCCUAUGGAAGCAGAGUCGGCCCCCGCGCUAGGCGAGCGUCCCGUGUCGGCGGCGGCGCAGCUGCUGCACGUCCCGUGCGAUGGCGCCGCCUCCGCCCCCGACACCGCCCGCGACUUCCCGCCGCCGCCGCCCCCGCAGCCACUGACGCCCCCGACCUCGAACUUGGACCGCCUCGACAACGACGUCGCCGAUAACAACAACAACAACAACAACCACCGUGCCUCGAGUAACGGCGGCGACGAGGAACGCUGUUCGUCGACACUGUCGGAACGGACCUGCUCCUCCAACAAUAACCGUGAACCGGGUGCCGGCGCCGAAGAGUUUACUACCCAGAGGAGUCUACUGCGCCAGGCGUCUUCGCCCUCCAGACUGGCACUCGUCGUCGCUGCAGACGAGAACCUGAACACCUACAGAAACAGCAAUGCGGGGCAAAACUGUGCUGUCGGGCGAGCGCCGUCGCAGUUGUCGGAGGUGGAACUGGAGCCGCCGUUCGCUAACAUUGUGGACGAAGAGCAGGUCAGACGGGAGACCCCCAGCGACGCGGCGGAGCGCCGCGCCGUGUCCUCCAGGUCCAGCUGGGAGGCGCCGGGGGCAGCUGCCGGCGCCGGUCCGACGGCGGCGGCGGCAGCAGCAGGUGGUUGCGCGGGCGCCGGCUCGGUGCGCCGGCGCGCCGGCGCCGCCGCCGGCUGCUGCGGCGCCGCACCGACCCUCUGGACGCGGCGUCGCUGCUGA